GCAGCGGCAGCAGCAGAAGCGGCGGCAGCAGCGCGGCGGCGGCGGGCGGGGGGUGCUCCCGCUCCGCGCUCCGGGUCCCUGUCUCGGGGCGGCGGCGGGGGAUGGAGCCGGCUCUCUCUGCCUUCGGCCGCUCAGAAAAUAACAUUGUCCCUGUGUCCUGCAGCCAUCAAGAUUUUAAGACGACUGGUUUUUAGUCUUUGGUAACAUGGCAAAAGAUGCUGGACUAAUUGAAGCCAAUGGAGAGCUUAAGGUGUUUAUAGACCAAAACCUAAGUCCUGGAAAAGGGGUUGUUUCUCUAUUGGCUGUUCAUCCUUCUACAGUAAAUACAAUUGGAAAACAGCUCCUGCCAAAAACGUUCGGACAGUCUAAUGUCAACAUUGCACAACAAGUGGUUAUCGGUACACCUCAGAGACCUUCAGGGCAAAAUACUAUCCUGGUAGGAAGUCCACACACACCUAACACACAUUUUGCAUCACAGAACCAGACUGGAGAUUCUUCACCUUGGUCUGCUGGGAAGCGGAACAAAAAAGGCGAGAAGAAUGGCAAGGGUUUACGUCAUUUCUCUAUGAAGGUUUGUGAGAAGGUACAAAGAAAAGGAACCACCUCAUACAAUGAGGUGGCAGACGAGUUGGUUGCAGAAUUCACUACCACUGAUAAUCACAUUUCACCAAAUGAAUCACAGGCUUAUGACCAGAAGAAUAUUAGACGACGUGUCUAUGAUGCCUUAAAUGUCCUUAUGGCCAUGAACAUUAUCUCUAAGGAGAAAAAGGAAAUCAAAUGGAUUGGUCUACCUACUAACUCGGCUCAGGAAUGUCAGAAUUUGGAGGUGGAGAAACAGAGAAGAAUUGAAAGAAUAAAGCAAAAACAGUCUCAGCUACAAGAACUCAUUCUACAGCAAAUUGCCUUUAAGAACCUCGUCCAGCGAAACCGUCAAGCAGAGCAGCAGGCAAACCGACCUCCACCUUCCAAUUCUGUCAUCCAUUUGCCAUUUAUCAUUGUGAACACCAGCAAGAAGACAGUGAUCGACUGCAGUAUUUCAAAUGACAAGUUUGAAUAUCUAUUUAAUUUUGACAAUACUUUUGAAAUUCAUGAUGAUAUAGAAGUACUAAAACGAAUGGGAAUGGCUUGUGGGCUAGAAUCUGGAAGCUGUUCAGCAGAGGACCUAAAAAUUGCAAGGAGUUUGGUUCCUAAAGCUCUGGAACCAUAUGUGACAGAAAUGGCUCAGGGAUCAAUCAGCAGUGUAUAUGUCACAUCUUCAUCAGGUUCUGCAUCAAACGGCACAAGAUUUUCAGCCAGUGACUUUUCCAAUGGUGGAGAUGGGAUGUUGGCUACAAGUUCCAAUGGAUCUCAGUACAGUGGCUCCAGAGUCGAAACACCAGUUUCUUAUGUUGGGGAUGACGAUGAUGAUGACGAUGAUUUUAAUGAAAAUGAUGAUGACGACUGAUGCCCUUUGCUUGUAGACUAUUUUUUGUUAAAAUUCAGCAGGCUUCAGGAAUAAAUUGUUCUAGGGAGAAGUGUCUCAAAUUACUUUGCCCCAUCCCCCAAGGAGAAUAUUGGUAAGCAGUUCUGAGUUUAGAAAUUGCACCUCUGAUAAGCAAGCGAGGAUUGUUUUAUGUAGGAUAUUUUUAAAUGUGGUGUGGAUGUGUGUUUUUGAUACCAGUGUGUUAAUGCAGAGCCUUUAUUUACUCUUGUUUUAGGGGUUUUUGGUUUGUUGGUUGUUUUUUUGUUUGGGAUUUCUUUUUUACUUGAAGGAAAAAGAAUUUUGCCCCAAAUGUUCUUUCAAAGUUUGCUAAAGAAAAUGUAGACACAUUGAGAAAUAAAAUACUAUCCUUCUGUGGAAAAUGAAUACA